AAUAUGGCACUGCUUAGAAGUCCUCUGUCCUAGAUUCUUGAAGUUAUAAUGAUGUGAAUAGAAUAGACACUGGGUGUGUGGAGAGGCUUAGACGUUAUUAGGAAGAUAAUGGCGCUAGUGACCAUCCAGAGGUCUCCCAGUGUCAGCAGUUCACCCCCAUCGUCGGAAUAUGGAAGUUCAGGACAUUCAUUAGAAGAAGAGGAACAGAAAAAUAGAAGUUUGAGUGAAUAUUACUUCGCAGUAAAGGGUUUCGGAGUACUACUACCAAAAAAUGAGUGUCAGUUGGGUAGAGGUCGGCGCACGGGUACGGCCCCGCCUGAUAUUCAGGGCCACUUGCAGGCUAUGCUGCAUCUCCUCUGCCCAGGGGAUACAUUGCAUAUGGCUGUCCGUUUGGAGUCGCAGCAUGUUGGCCGCGUACGUUACUUGGCUGUGACGGGGAGGACUGGGCGGCAGGAUAAAGAGGAGGACUGUUUGCUUGGAAUAGAUUUUACUGGGGAGAAACCUUCCAUAGGACUUGUAUUACCAGUUCUAGCUGACACCAGAAUUAACCUUAAUGGCGAUGGUGGCUUCAGUGUGUGUACAGGUGGGCGGAAACACAUCUUCAAGCCUAUCUCCGUUCAGGCUAUGUGGUCAGCUCUACAGACGCUACACAAAUCUAGUUCCAGAGCUCAAGAUGCUCACUACUUCCUGGGUGGUGUCAACCAUGACUGGGUGGGGUAUUAUGAACGUGGCAUGGGUUCUGAUCAGUCCUGCAUCAAUGAAUGGAAUGCCAUGGACAGCCUGGAAUCUAAGCGGCCCCCUUCACCGGACUCCCUCACGGAUAAGGAAGAAACACAGCUUCUUAUUCGCAGUAAAUUGAAAGAAAUAAUGAUGAGUGUUGAUAUAGAUGAAGUCACCUCUAAAUAUAUACGUCAAAGGCUUGAAGAAGACCUGGCAAUGAAUCUUUUCAAAUUUAAAUCCUAUAUUGACCAAGAGAUGCUAGUCAUCUUGGGGCAGAUGGAUGCAGCAACAGAAAUCUUCCCACAUGUUUACCUUGGAUCAGAGUGGAAUGCUUCUAAUCUAGACGAGUUACAAAGCAAUGGGGUGGGUUACAUCCUCAAUGUAACUAAGGAGAUUGACAACUUUUACCCUGGAACAUUUGACUACCUCAACAUUCGUGUGUAUGACGAUGAGAAGACAGAGCUCCUUAAGCACUGGGACAGUACCUUCAGAUAUAUUUCACAAGUCAAGGAGAAGGAUUCUAAGGUUUUAGUGCACUGCAAGAUGGGAAUUAGCCGUUCAGCAUCAGUAGUGAUUGCUUAUGCCAUGAAGGAAUUUAAUAUGACACUAGAAGAAGCUCUUGCGCUAGUUAAGAAGAAGAGGACCUGUAUAAAACCAAAUCAAGCAUUUUGCAACCAACUUAAAACAUAUGAGGGGAUUCUUGAUGCUAGUAGACAGCGGCACAAUAUUUUGUGGCGGAGUAAAUCUGAAACAAACCUUAAAUCAGCUUCAGCACAAGCUAACAAACCAAAUGUCAGAGGUUGUCGAAACAGUCAUCUAAGUGAUGAUGUGGAUCACAGUAAGAAGGGUAGUAGACGCAAAAGUACAGAAGAAAUGACAUUCGAAUCUACUUCCAACUCCAUAAGUCUUCGUGUUCCCACUCCUUGUAAUCUUCAUAAUGGUGACCAGCAUCGACGGCCAAAAUCGUGGUCUCCUGAUGAUCACACUGCUGGGUUGCUAUUUCCACAAAAUAUGGAAGAAGGUGGAAAUGAUUUGGGAGAUUCAUGGCGACUAUCUCAGUCACUCAAUGUGCAGUCAUGGCGGGCUCAUGUAACACUGCAACAAAGGGAUCUUCGCGAUAUGAGUGUUGAAGGCUCGGCUAAAGAUAAACAAGAAGAUGAAGUAUCUUUACCUGUAGUAGAAGCACUCAAUCCUUUGUACACUGACAACCCUACUGGAAGUACAAUUAAUGAAGUUUCAGCACUCCAGCUGUCUUCCUCGGUUAAGGAUAGGAUCAAUGAAUUUGAAAAUGUACAAAGUACUAAUCAAACUAUUACUAAAAAAGCACAAAAUGUGAAGAAAGGUGACAUAAUACACAUACAGAACACAGUCACAUGUAGUGAUGAUUUCAAUACUCAUUCAAGUACUGCUGAGCUAGAUAAAGUCAUUGAAACUUUACUUGCACCAGGUGAAGACUUACAAGACAGUGAACCAGUUGUUUCACAAACUAAGCCAGCUGCCCAGAAACUCCAGGCUGUGUUAGUUCCAUCCCAGAUAUGGCUAGAAGAAAAGUGUGAAGUGGAGGAGAAUAUGGACAUCACAGAGAGUCCUGUGGGUGUAACAAAAGAAUCAGUUACAUGGCCUGCAGGCAUUGUAAAGAGACAAAAGCAAGACUUUGAAGAAAAGGUAAAAAUUAAUGAUGUUAAAUCAGGUCCAGAUAAGGAGGUUGACUCACCUAUUUCAAGACAAAGUUCAUCUGGCUCCUUGAGUGGUCAGUUACAAAAAGUUGAAAUAAUUAGAUCACCAAGCUAUGGACGUCAGGACUCUGUAGGAUCUGAUAUAGUUAAAAGGGAUGACCCAUUCUCUGUAAAACUUGACAAGGUAUUUGACAGAGAGGAAAGAAAACAGCAGAGAAUGAGUACUGUUAUCCCUAAUGGAGGAGAUGUGAAAGACACUCCGUCACGUAAUAGUUCAUGGGGAUCUUUCGAUAGUGCUGUGGUUCUUGCAGAUAGAGAUACUCCUUCUAGACAGAGUUCUUGGGGAUCCUGUGAUACAAGAGGAACUGUAGGUACUAUACCUUCCAGAAACAGUUCUUUUGGAACAUUUGAUAUAAAGCAGCAGCCUCUUAGAGAAAAUUUAGAGAUAGUAAUACUAAAUAGCAAUUUAGCAGGGACUUAUUUUGAGAAGGAUCCGGGGCCAUUUUCACCAGGAACUAUUAGAAGAAACAAAGGAAGGAAUUCUGACAAUAAAGAGGGAAUAGGUGAUGAUAGUAAAAUACAGUCAAAUGAAAUUGAAAAUUUUGAAGAUGGAAUAAUGGAAGAUGCCUUUCAAUGCAGACCUGUAGCAAAUGUAAAAGCAUAUGGGCCUGCUCCAUAUAAAAGUCCCAUAGAGAGAGUCACUCCUAUGGAAAUAACUGAUGAAGGAAUGGUAGAAACCUCAGAUGGUUUCUUAGACCACCAUCAGAGCACACCUACAUUAAAUAUUUGCAUUCCAGAUAGUACAAAUCCCUCAACCCUAACUAGAUCACAACCUAAUAUAUCAUGCACAACUAUAUCUCUGACACAGGGAUCAGCUCCCUUGUCUUCUAAUAUAGAUUUAUCUGGGAAUGACAGCUUAAAUAGUAAUAAAAGAAAUUCUGUAACUGAAGAAGUUCCUCUACCUGGAACUGUAAAACAACACAAGGAACUUCUAGAAAGUAAAAGUCAAGAAGGAGCUUUUUCAGAGUUGAGAAUAAACCAAGAGAAGCUUCCUCAACCAACUUACACUCGCUCCCAGAGCUACUGUGACCUUGAAAUGGAAAAAACUGAAGUUGGUCUUCCUCAUCAUCUGGGUCGUAGUUUUUCAGAGAAGAGAGCUAAAUUUGAGGGACAAUUAGAAAGUGAAACUGAAGGGGGUAAGGUUAAGAAAAUUACUAGAGCGCUGGAACAACAAAAUGAGGAUGACAAAAUAAGACUCUUUAGAAUGAAAGGCAUUAGAAAACGAUCUCACAGUUUAGAACGCCUUAGUACGUCUCCUACAUCACCAGGCUGCUCCCCAAGGCAAUUAUUAGAACAACUAUUAGUUCAAAAAAAAGAAAGUCCAUCUGAAGAAAUUUGUGUUAAAAGUCUUGUAGUAAAAUUUGAAGAUCCUCAAGAACAGAGAGUACCUAAAGUUCAGACAAGAAGUGUAAGAGCAAAGUCUGAUAGUUCCACACCUGACAAGUUCCUACCACCUGUACCUCAACGUAAAUCCAGUCUAGACUAUAAUUUUAAGCCAGCUCUCCGAGCACAGUCUCAGCCCCCCCAGACUCCAGUGAGACAAAUGACCCCAGGAGGUAGUUUGUCUCCUACAGUAAUGCCCCCUUCUCAUAAGCCUCCACCAGGAGGGAGAGGCCAAGCAUGUGGAACAGAAGUGCGACAAAAGAAACAGCAGGGUAAGACUCAUCCUCUGACCAAAUUAACAAGAACAAACAGGGAGAAUUAUCAUACUAUGUAAAGUGAUAUUAAUUUUACCACUAUGCUACAUUUGAGGAUGCUGUUACAUAUGCUUCCAUCUUUGAAAACCACCUUGUGAUAUGUAGAUUAAGGAUAACCUUGGCCACUUUCAGAGGAGGUACAGAUACCCGGUAUAAAACUCGAGGAUGUGCAGAUACAAUGAUGAAUCUCAUAUAGAGAGAUAACUUGUACUGUCAGUGGCUGCCAACUUCCAGAUCACUAACUCCUGUGCCUCUUAGUAGAACACAUCUGCUGGUUCAUGGGAGGUGGCUCAGUCAUUUUUGUUUAAAAACUGUAAAAUCUCCCAUCAGAUGAAGAAAUGAAAUGCCAUCUUUUACUUACCCAUGAACUGCAGAGUAGCUAAUGUGGUUCUUCCUGGUAUCUUGUAUACACAUUGCUAGUCGUGAGAGUAGGACCAUAAUUCAGGAUAUCUAAAGAGUGUGCUAUAUGGAAAUGACGUAGGCAGAAAUUCUGAAGCCUCACCUCUUUACAAAAUGAUUGACCACUUAUGGCAAUUGCUUAAUAUAAAUAGCUUUUGGAAUUCCAUUGCUUAUUUUAAACAAUCCUGUCCUAAAAAUUUAUGGAAUAAUAAUACUUUGUUACUCAUGCCAGUAUAUUGAGGCACUUGCCAAGAUCUUUAUAGCAUUUUCAGAGCUAUUGUGUGUUGCUUCAGAAUUCGAAAAGUAGUAAAUUUCAUCCUACGUUUUUCUUCCAUGUGGAAAUUCAUUUAUGAUGUGUAACUUCUUAGUAGUACACAACUUGUGAUUUCCACUAAGGUGUGCUAGUCCCCACUGCUGUAUCUAUUUUCUAGUCUUUCUGAAAACUUGUAAUUCCUUUCUGCAAAUGUUUAAAAUAUUAGGAGUGUCUUUUUCCAUGACAACUCAAGUGUGUGGCAACUAUUUUCCAAAUUUAUUAUUCAUCACUGUAUUUACCUUGUAUUGCAAUGUGUGAAAGUAUAUUCAUGCUAGUUGGCCACCGGGUAAUAGUACAUGGUGUUUGAACAAUUUUCUGAUUUAAUAUGCAAUUUGAUUUCAUAUAACAGGUCCCUUCAGUAUCUAGCAUCAUAGAUAUGUGAUUGUGAUGUCCCAGCUUAUUCAAGGUGUUUAGGAAUAUGACAGAUUGACAUUUUAUAUCAAUUUGUAGAUAAUUUUCUAUUAGUAUAAAAAAUACUAUAGCAAAUUACAAAACGAUGUUCAAUCCUGUCUUUUUCAACUAAUUUGUAGCUGGUGUCAGUAGACAUUCCUCCUUUUUGCUCAAUUACGAUGACUUGCAUUGAUUGUGUCAUCCUUAUAUCUUGUUAUGUUUAUGAAUGUGUACUAGACCAGUUCAUGUUUUAUUACAGUUUAAUUUUACAAUACCUAAAAUUAUGCCCUAGACCAAUCACUUAUCCCACCCUAUUUUUAAUUGUCAGUUCAUGCUAAAUCAGAGCUAAAGAUAACUGAAGUUGUAAAUAUGUGAUAGUGUUUGUAUGUAAGGAUGUAUGGAAUAAGAUGUGACCCAGGCCAACUGCUCCAAGUGUUGCCAUUAUUCAUCAUCCAGGGUCAGGUUAAACAGGCUUUAGAUUUUUCAGGACCUAAGCCAUCAUAAGUGUUAUUAGUGCUUGUAAUUUUUAAUUGUAUAAAUUAAAACCUAUUCUAUAAAGAUAAUGUUUGCUGGAAAACAAGGGUGUCAUUUUUUUUUCUGUAUGGUCACUGUACAAAUCUGUAUGGUAACAGUGUUCCAAAGGGCAUUCACACCCUCUCAAAAUUUAAAUAUUUGGUUGAAAUGAGAGAAAUGUAUUAUUACAUAAGCACAAUUAGAUUUCAGCAUUUCACACAUUAUGACACUCAAAACGUUUUAAACAUCAGUUUACUUCAUAUCAGGAAUUCAGGAUUCUGUAUAUAAUACAUUACCCAACAUUAAUUUUUUACACUUUUUGUCAUGCCUUUUAAGCAGAGCUUGCAGUUUUCCUUAUAAAGCAAAUGUUUUGCUAAACAUGCAAUGUCAAUUCAUUGUUGCAGUUUCAAAAUUAGUCUGCAUAUCACAAUAUUAAUAAAUUUAAUUGAUGUUAGUAUUAUCUAACUUAAUAUUGACCAAAGAUGUUAUAUUACAUUAAUUUUAACAAGGUUAGUUUGUCAAAGUUCAGUGCAAAAUUGAAAGUUAAUUUGUCAUUUAAUUAAAAAUUGUAUAAAAGUGAAGAUUUAUUUUAAAACAUUUUGGGCAGUUUGUUUUUGCCUACACAUUAAAAUUACACUAUUGUUUAUAGUAAUGCACCAACAAUGUAUUUUUUUCUUAGCUGUUGUGUGUUAAGGAAAUAGUCUUGGUCACCUAACUUUUAAUAUUUUGUAAAGACUGGUUGAUCAUUCUGACUAAUGUUUUGAAUGUGGCUGUCCUUGAUAAUCAUUAGGCUCUCCUGUUCUGAAUGAAAGAUUUUGUGUACCCUCUUUACUGUCAUUUACUUUGUCUUUAUAGUGAUAUUGUAAAUAUUUUCAAGUUGUAACUUUCUCCUUGUCAUAAUGAUAUUGGUGAUUUACAGUGUAAUUUAUGUAUAACAGUGGUGUGCUAUAUUUUGUAUAUAAUUUGUACAAGAAUCUAAUUUAUGAUAAUAAAAUAAACGUAAA